AUCGAUUAUAUAUUUCAUAAUUAUCUCAAAAAUCAAGAUGAAGAUACCAUGGCGAAUAUGUAUUUAAUGAAAUCCUAAUAUAAUUUCAAAAUCUUUUUCUCAAGUCCAGAAGCAUCUAAAACCAAGAAAGAAGAAACCAUAUCACCGGCGAACUGUCGCCGGAAAAUCAUUCUCGCCGUUCUUGCCCAAAAGAAGCGAUUGAACUGAUCAAAAUGGCCUCGUCCGCUAUAGUGAAUACAUACCCACUCUCUAGCUAUACAUUUGGUACAAAAGAGCAUAAAAUGGAGAAGGAUACAUCCGUUGCCGAUCGCCUUGCUCGUAUGAAAGUCAACUACAUGAAGGAGGGUGUAAGGACAAGUGUUGAAGGAAUUCUAUUGGUACAAGAACAUAACCAUCCUCAUAUUCUUCUUCUGCAAAUUGGGAACACAUUUUGCAAGCUCCCAGGUGGACGCCUAAAGCCAGGAGAAAAUGAAAUCGAGGGUUUGAAAAGGAAACUUUCCAGCAAACUUGCUGCUAAUCCUCCUGCCAAUCAGCCAAAUUGGAAGAUAGGUGAGUGCAUAGCCACCUGGUGGAGGCCUAACUUUGAAACCAUAAUGUAUCCAUACUGUCCUCCACAUAUAACAAAACCUAAGGAGUGUAAGAAGCUCUACCUUGUUCACUUAUCUGAAAGAGAAUACUUUGCUGUCCCCAAAAAUCUUAAACUUCUUGCUGUGCCAUUGUUUGAGCUUUAUGACAAUGUUCAGAGAUAUGGACCUGUAAUAUCUACAAUUCCUCAACAGCUUUCCAGAUUGCAGUUCAACAUGAUCAAUCAAUAGAUAGUAGAUGGAGAUUCAAAUUCUCCUCCGCGAUAAAAAUGAUUUGUUUUGGUUCCCAUAGUUUGAGGGCGACUUGAUUCACUUUUCUACAAUAGGCAGAUAGAUGACUCUUAUCUGAUCGUUUGUCUUAAAUUGGUUUCUUUUGGACGGCCACAGCGAUGGAUACAGUAUGAUAGCCUGUUAAUAUGCAACUUUGCAGUUACAGUAUUGACAUAUUUUUGCGUACUUGCUUGUUGAAUAUUGACAUAGUGCUGCUAAGUUUCUUUCGUUCGGAGAGGCUUUUAGAAGAAGCAAUUCUAACUGAUCUUUCUUCUGUGAAUCACUUUCUUCUAAACCAAUGUUUUGGGAUAAAAACCUCAGCUAUGUUUUGGGAUGAUCUCCUAUCAGUUGUAUCUUAUUCUUGA